UUUUUCAACUUUUUUUUAAGUAAAUUUGGAAAUUUAAUGUCGCUGGAUAAUUUAUUUAAAAGUGAUGAAAAACAUUUUAUUUCUCCCAUAAUUGACCUCCAAAAGUUUUUGGCUGAAGCAACUUUUCGCAGUGAUCGUUUGCGAAAUUUUUUUGGUUCAAGCGAAAGUCAUGAUUCUCGUGAUAUUUUUCGUCAGUUUUUGGCAGCACGUGGAUUAAAUAAUGAAGAAUCAAAUUCUGUCAUUGAAACUGCUGAUGGAUUUUUAACUCAAAUUUUGGAUGAUAGCCCUAUGGAUGAAUAUGAAAUAACUUUUCCUCCAAAAGACAGCCAACUUAUGACACACAAUGCCACAAAGAAUGCUAUUGUGAGGAAUGGAAAAUAUUUUAAAUAUCGAGAACAGGAGUUAAGGCGGUAUUACACUCCUCCCAAUUCCACUUGUGAUAAAGACAUUGUCCUUACUGUUCAAUUACUAAAGCCUUACAAUCGCACUCCAGAAAUACAGGAUUCGCUCAAGAAUCGAACAGAAGUUAAAUUUCUAGUCCGUGGAGAUAUGCCACUUGUCAAACUUCGUGAGAAAAUAUUUUGUGCUUCCGAUUUUUGGUCGAAUUAUGAGGAUUUUGAAAUUGUUCCGCCUGAUCCUGAAUGUUAUUUUGAUCACAAAUUCCCUUCAAGUUUUAUUUUUGUCCACGACACAUUUUAUGUUGACAAAAGGAGAGCAAAUUCUAUUGAUAUUAGCGAACCAAUAAGAGAAUUUAUGAAAAGAAAGAAAAAAGAUUUUGGAGAAUUUUACGUGAAAGACAUGGCUGGAGUUAAGAUUAUUGAUUUUAAAUUGAGACUGGGUCAACCUUAUGUUUAUGUUCAUCAAGGAUUUUGUGAGCAUCUGAUUAUAUUCACCGAUUUGCGUUUAUUACUUCCUAGAGACAUUCAACGUAUCGAAGAUUACCCAAUUCGUCUUUUUGACAUCAAAACCCAAAAACUUUGUUGUGCUUGUAGCGACGAAAUUUCGAGUUUUGUGGUUACUGAAAGUGAUCGUUUGCCAAAUUCCCCAGCAUUUUUCUGUUCAACUUGUUUUACUGCUUUUCAUUAUGAUAAUGGGCAAAGAAUUGGAAAUUUUAAGGCUUAUCAUUAUUUAAAUCAUGCUGGGACUGAAUAG